CACCAUCGGAUUCUUCCGGUUCUGCGGACGAUAAGGGGAAGACGGUUGUGGUAGUUCCGGGCAUUACCUUGUGUGGCGGGGGCUGAGGCAGCCAUGUUUGUUAAGGGAAGGGGACCCUAAGGAAGCUGACAAGUUUUCUUCUGGUUGCCGGGUGCUGGACAACCGAAGCGAGCCCUGAAUUAUGGCGACCUCUGCGUCGUCGCCGCACGCGACUGGUUUUCCAGCUGAGGGUAGAUGCGGUUACUAUGUGGAAAAGAAGAAACGGUUCUGCAGGAUGGUGGUGGCCGCAGGGAAAAGAUUUUGUGGUGAACACGCUGGAGCCGCGGAGGAAGAAGAUGCUCGGAAAAGAAUCCUGUGUCCUUUAGAUCCAAAACACACAGUGUAUGAAGAUCAACUAGCAAAGCAUUUGAAAAAAUGUAACUCAAGAGAGAAACCAAAACCUGAUUUCUAUAUUCAAGAUAUUAAUGCAGGCUUAAAAGAUGAAACAGAAAUACCUGAACAAUUAGUUCCAAUUUCUUCUCUAUCUGAAGAGCAGUUGGAAAAGUUAAUUAAGAAAUUGAGAAAAGCAAGUGAAGGUUUGAAUUCUACACUUAAAGAUCAUAUUAUGUCCCAUCCAGCAUUACAUGAUGCACUUAAUGACCCUAAAAAUGGUGAUUCUGCAACCAAGCACCUGAAACAGCAGGCUUCUAUUUUAGGUAACAUUGAAAAAUUAAAGUUACUUGGUCCGAGAAGAUGCUUUGUUGAGUUUGGAGCGGGAAAGGGAAAAUUAUCUCAUUGGGUUGAUAUUGCCUUAAAAGAUGCUGAAAAAGUUCACUUCAUCCUAGUAGAAAAGGUGACCACAAGAUUCAAGGUGGAUGGAAAACACAGAAAGAAAAAUUCAGUGUUUGAAAGACUUCAAAUUGAUAUUCAACACUUGUGUUUGAACAAGAUUCCUGUGCUAAGAGAAGGAAAAUUACCUGUGGUAGGAAUUGGAAAGCAUCUGUGUGGUAUGGCAACAGAUCUUGCAUUACGAUGUUUGAUUGAAACCUAUGCUGCCAGUUUUGAGGAAAGGAAUGAAGAACCUUUAGCCAAACGCAUAAAGAAUGAUAAAACAGAAAAAGAAAUUUACACUUUGGCCAAGGAAGGAAAUGAAAAAAAUGUCCCAGAGAAGUGGAACCCUGUGGCUGGCAUUGUUAUUGCACUCUGUUGUCACCACAGGUGUGAUUGGAGACAUUAUGUGGGCAAAGAAUAUUUCAGGGCUCUAGGCCUUGGAGCAGUGGAAUUCCACUAUUUCCAGCGAAUGAGUAGUUGGGCAACUUGUGGGAUGCGGAAAACAUCUUUGGAAACCUCAAAUAGUACCACAAAGAGACAAGAUAAUCAGAAUGAUGAUAGUGAAGAGCAUGAUGAUGGAGGAUACAGAAUCACAGAUGAUGGCGCUGAUAGUUUGCCUGGGCUUCUUAGUGUUGAAGAAAAGAAGAAAAUAGGGCAUCUUUGUAAAUUGCUGAUUGACCAAGGUCGAAUCCAGUAUUUGCAGCAGAAGGGAUUCAGUCCUGCUUUGCAGUACUAUACAGACCCUCUGGUGUCUUUGGAAAAUGUUUUGUUAACUGCUUUACCAAAUCAUUCUUCAUCACCAGAAACAACUGCUUAAUGGAAAAGAAAUUUGAGCAUCAUCUGUCUUCCACCAAAAAAAAUUUUUAAUUAUAUUUUUAUAUUAAAAAAUAUAUACUUUAAAUAGCAAAUAAUAUGAACUUUAAAAAAUGCUGUGGCCUCAUUAAACUUUGGUAAUAGCUUUUCUUUUUACUUCAGAAAUCCAAACAUUAGAGAAUUCACCAAAGUAAUCCUCUUUAGAAGGGCAUCUUGAAUUAUAUUAUCCAUCCAUAUUUAUGGAGAUUGGUAAGAUAGUUGAACCGUUGACUUGGUGAUCUGAAACAUACAUAUCAACACAUAAUUAGCAUAUUUCUGUUUGUAUUAAUUUUGGAAAUUUAUCUUCCUUUGAUUUUAUUUAAUAUUUUUUAUUUCUCAAGUUCAAGAGGUAGUGAUUGAUUGUAACAAGGGCCAAUCUGAGAAUUUGACUUGUAUGUGGACAUUUUUCUGUAGGAGACCUGAAAAGCACAGUUAUGAUUUUCUCAAAUGCAAACAAUUCAGAGAUGUUCACAAUUAAUAAACACAAUUAAUGAAGUCACCUUCAAAUUUCCAGAGCCAUACAUGUAUAUAUUGUCAGAAUCUGUCCAUGACAAACACAAAACUGAAGAGCUAUUUUCAAAGAAAGAAGAUUAUUUCACUUAAUUAUUUUGCUGGAUAAUUAUCUAGUUAGAACUUCCGAAAAGAUACUUACAAACAUAAUUCACAAAACUUCUGGAGUUGAUUAGCUAUCUCAUAUCUUUUAUCAGGUCAUUUUUUACAUAUAGAGGCACAAACAAUAAGUAUGUUCUCUUCUGUUUGGGAAAAUAAUUUGGAAUAGAGUAGAAAUUAAAUAAUGAAAUGAAAAACCUCAAAUUUAGGCCUUAUUUAACUCAUGACUGGUUUCUAUGCACAAACAAAUAUUAAACCAAACAUGGUAGGACUGUUACUCUCUUCUGCAUCUUAUCCCCAUUUUGUUUCUGCCUUUAUUUGUAAAAAUUGUGCCUAAUUUAUGGUACAUUUGCCAAGACAAAGGUUCAGAAUUACUAAUUUUAGAUAUUAUGAUAUUCUGAGGUAACUAUUUUUAUCCUGUAGUUCUGUGAUUACAUGAUUUGUAAAUAAGAAGCCUAGCCAAUUUAAAAUUCCUGACUUUAGUCUCAUAUGUCUUGUCAGACUGCCUCGGUUCAAAUUCCAACCCUACCCUCUUUGAGUUGUGUGACCUUGGGCAUGCCACUUAAUCUUUUUGUGCCUCAAUUUCCUCCUCUUAAAAUGGGGAUGAUGAUGAUAACAAUAAUACCUACCUCACAAGGUUGUUGUGAGUAUCAAAUGAGAUAACAUAAGUAAAAUGCAUAGAACAGUUCCAAGCACAGAUUCAAUAAAUAACUGGAAAUAGUAGUGGUAGUAACUCGUGAAUCUAUUUUUAAUAACGUAAUAGGCUUUGAUUGUAUUAUCUCUUUAAGUGUUAACUUUUUUUUCCUUGUUAUAAGUUUUAUGUCAAAUGCUAUUAAAGUAAGGUAGUUUGUUUUUUAAGUUAAGUUACCCAUGUCCCCAAUCAAGGGAACCUAAAUGAAGAUAUUAUACCAUUAUAUAAUUAACCUUUUUUUAUUGUGUCAAGCAAUACUAAUUUGUGUCAUAAAAUUUGUUUUGCAUCAUUCAACAAUUUAUGCCCAGAAAUAAACAAUAUUCUACAACAGGCA